UUGUUUUCCAAUCGAUCUGUGCGAGUCAAGUUUUUGAUUUGCCGGCGAAAUAUUCUCCGGGAGAGAGAUCUUUUUGAUCUUGUUCUUCCCGAUGGAGGAGCAGAUCGGAGGGAGCGAUGAGAGGUGGAAAGGAUCGUUGGAGAAUAUAACGGAGAUGGCAUCUAAUCUCGAUUCUCUUCAGAAACUUCUUCUUAAGAAAGCAGUCUUCGUCGAGGAAGACACUUUCUCUAGAGCCUCUCUCGUCUCCGAACAAGCCCGAACAAUCAAGGUUCUUGAGCAAAGGGUACAAACACUAGAAAGAGAACUAGAUGCUGCCAUUACAGCUGCUGCUCAUGCUCGGUCAGAGAAACGCCAAGCUGAGUCUUCUCAAAAGGCCGCUGAAUCACGUGCUCUAGAGGUCACAAAAGAGCUAGAGAACACCACAAAGGUUUUCAAGCUGCAUAUGGAAGAACUUCGAGGAAUGCAAGAACAGAUCUCUAAGCGCGAUAACGAGAUUAAACUCUUGGAAGCUAUAAUCCAAACGCUCGGCGGCAAAGAGCGGUUGUGAAUGGAUGAUGAUGAUGAUAAAUUGAUGAUGCUUUUGUUUCACUUGUAAAGUUUUGUACUUGUGAGUUUGUUCUGUAUUACAUUUUCUGUAAGCUGAGUCUUCUUGCCUUAAUUUUACUUGGGCCUAAUGUGAACCGAUGCCAAAAUGUGUGGUUUCACACGUAUGCAUAUAGUGCUGCGAUGCCAGCCAGAUUCAGAAA